CCCGGACCCACUGCUUUCUUCGUCAAGAAGCGGCGUGGUGCGUCUGCUUCAGAAUUGGAGGGCGGCGCCCGCGACCCUGGUAGGGGAGUGUGGGCGCUGCACGAAGAGGGGUGGGAGGUGGCAGUGGGAAGUGGCAGUGGGAGGCGCCAGCCGAGGGGCCCCACACUCUGAGCUCCAGCGCGAGGAGAGAGGGGAGCGCGGCACUUGGCACACGCAGAGCCGAGCGCCCGCGGGUGGACACCGGCAGGCACCCCACGCCACCACCACCAUGGCGUGCCCUCGGUACCUACGACCACCACAGCCCGUGUUCCUGCUGCUGCUGCUGCUGCUGCCGCCACUGUUACUGCUCGGAGCCGGGGACCCCCUCCCCACAGAGAGCCGGCUUGUGAACAGCUGUAUCCAGGCCAGGAAGAAGUGCCAGGCCAAUCCCAUUUGUAAUGCUGCCUACCACUACCUGAAUUCCUGCACCUCUAGUGUAAGCACCCCAUCACCUUCGGAGGAGCCAUCAGUUUCUGCGGACUGCUUGGAGGCAGCACAACACCUCAGGAACAGCUCCCUGAUGAGCUGUACAUGCCACCGGCGCAUGAAGAACCAAACUGCCUGCCUGGACAUCUACUGGACCAUUCAUCCUGCCCGCAGCCUUGGUGACUAUGAGCUGGAUGUCUCCCCCUACGAGGACACGGUGACUAGAAAACCCUGGAAAAUGAAUCUCAGCAAACUGAACAUGCUCAAACCAGACUCAGACCUCUGCCUCAAGUUCGCCAUGCUGUGCACUCUUAAUGACAAGUGUGACCGGCUGCGCAAGGCCUACGGAGAAGCGUGCUCAGGGCCUCGCUGCCAGCACCACACCUGCCUCCGGCAGCUCCGAGCCUUCUUUGAGAAGGCAUCGGAGCCCCACGCACAGGGCCUGCUGCUGUGCCCAUGUGCACCUGGUGACCUGGGCUGCGGGAAACGCCGACGCAACACCAUCGCCCCCAGCUGCUCACUGCCAUCUGGGACCUCCAACUGCCUGGAGCUGAGGCGUCUCUGCCUCUCCAACCCACUGUGCAGAUCACGCCUGGCAGAUUUUCAGACCCACUGCCAUCCCAUGGACAUCCUAGGAACCUGUACUACAGAGAAGUCCAGAUGUCUGCGAGCCUACAUGGGGCUGAUCGGUACUACCAUGACCCCCAACUUUGUCAGCAACAUCAAUGCGAGUGUUGCCUUAAGCUGCACCUGCAGAGGCAGUGGCAACCUGCAAGAGGAGUGUGAACGGUUGGAAGAGUCCUUCUCCCACAACCCCUGCCUCAAACAAAAACCCUGCUCUGAGGCCACAGCCCUGGGUGCCCUCCCUUUUCUCCUGCACACUUACUUUGAUUCUGCUCCCAAAUUUCUGGUAGCUGGACUCCUUGGAGGCCCUUUUCUCCCUCUACUACACCCAGCCUGACCUGCUGCCUACGAGAGGUGAGGAAAGGACAGCAUCAGGAAGGAGGUGCAGUACACAACGUGACAACCCUGACCACCCCACCCCUGUACAUCCAACUUUCUCCAGAUAAGGCCACAAUAGAAACUGACUGGCUAAGUUCUCAUUCCCUCUACUUCUGACUGACUCAGGCUAUCCCUCCUUAGGAAUUGGUCACCACCGUUUAGCCAUAUCUUCUGGUGAUAAGCAGCUCUACUUAGCUCUCUCCUGAUCCCUUCGUCCUGCCCAUCAGGAUCACUAGGCUCUAACAAAUCCGUCAUUCUCUGUUGCAUUCUCCAGGUAGGCAGGGCUGGGUAUUCUGAGGCAGCCUAGAAAGACAUUCCCUAUUGUUAGGAAGGCUGGAGCAGGACUCUUGCCCCCUUGUCUCCGCUGGAUGAGGGACAAGCUGCUUGCCUGCCCUUCCCUGCCCUGCCCUGCAAUCCUACAGAGCACUUGAGCAUCAGGCGCCAGAGCAUUCGGGCCUUGCUUUCUUCCUGCUACUCUCCCAAAGUACCCCUGGCCUCUUGGAUCUUGAUUAAACACUUUGACUUAAAA